CGCGCGAGGCGGCGGCGGCCCGGCUCAGUCAUAUGACCGGCAGCCGGCCGCCCCAGCGCCCAGCAGAGUUACUCAGCCGCAGCGGCCCCGCGCUCCCGCAAGGCUGGGCGGCCGCGCCGCCGCGAUGGCCCCGCCGCCGCGGCCGCCGCCCCCGGCUGCGCGCUGAGCCGGCGGCCCCCCAAGCUCCGCGGCCGGAGCUGCUGCUGCGGCGGCAGCAUCAUGGCCCCAACCCUGCUCCAGAAGCUCUUCAACAAAAGGGGCAGCGGCGGCAGCCCCGCGUCGGCGUCUGCCCAGGGCAGGGCUCCCAAGGAAGGACCCGCCUUUAGUUGGUCAUGUUCGGAGUUUGACCUGAACGAGAUUCGCCUGAUAGUUUACCAGGACUGUGAAAGGAGAGGCAGACAAGUCUUGUUUGAUUCUAAAGCUGUUCAAAAGAUUGAAGAGGUGGCAGCUCAGAAAACAGAGGAUGUCCCUGCUAAAAUGCCAGCCAAGUGCUGUCAGGGAAGCGGUGGCAGCAGCAGCAGCCUCUCUUCCCAGAGCUCUUCUGGAGGAUCUUCACAUUGUGCUAAGGAGCAGCUUCCCAAGUACCAGUACACAAGACCUGCUUCUGAUAUCAGCAUGUUAGGGGAAAUGAUGUUUGGCUCAGUGGCAAUGAGUUACAAAGGCUCCACCUUAAAGAUACAUUAUAUACGCUCUCCUCCGCAACUGAUGAUUAGUAAAGUCUUCUCUGCAAGAAUGGGCAGCUUCUGUGGAAGUACAAAUAACUUGCAAGACAGCUUUGAAUACAUCAACCAGGAUCCUAAUUUGGGAAAACUGAACACAAGUCAGAAUAGUUUGGGUCCCUGUCGUACUGGAAGUAACCUAGGUCUGCUGCAAGCGUGCAGCAGCAAACUGCUGCAGGGGGUAGCUGAAGGAGGACCCCUCCGGCUCACCCGGAGUGCUUCUUUCUUUGCAGCACACAGCACACCAGUUGACAUGCCAAGCAGAGGGCAGAAUGAAGACAGGGACAGCGGCAUUGCUCGAUCAGCCUCACUAAGCAGUCUUUUGAUUACGCCUUUCCCAUCUCCAAGCUCCUCCACAUCCUCUUCCAGCAGUUACCAGCGCCGCUGGCUUCGAAGUCAGACAACAAGUUUGGAAAAUGGCAUCUUUCCAAGGAGGUCCACUGAUGAGACGUUCAGCUUGGCUGAAGAAACCUGUAGUUCUAACCCCGCCAUGGUUAGGAGGAAGAAAAUUGCCAUCAGCAUCAUCUUUUCCUUGUGUGAGAAAGAGGAAGCGCAAAGGAAUUUCCAGGACUUCUUUUUUUCUCAUUUUCCCCUGUUUGAAUCUCACAUGAACAGGCUGAAGAGUGCAAUUGAAAAGGCUAUGAUCUCCUGUAGGAAAAUAGCAGAAUCAAGCCUCCGCGUCCAGUUCUAUGUCGGCCGUCUGAUGGAAGCUCUUGGAGAGUUCAGAGGUACUAUCUGGAACUUAUAUUCUGUUCCAAGGAUAGCUGAACCUGUGUGGCUUACCAUGAUGUCCAGCACUUUGGAAAAAACCCAGCUAUGCCAGCGCUUUCUCAAGGAGUUCACACUUCUAAUAGAACAGAUCAACAAAAACCAGUUUCUUGCUGCCUUACUGACGGCGGUGUUAACCUACCACCUGGCCUGGGUGCCAACGGUCAUGCCAGUGGACCACCCUCCCAUUAAAGCCUUCUCCGAGAAGCGCACCUCCCAGUCAGUGAGCAUGCUGGCCAAGACACACCCCUAUAAUCCACUGUGGGCGCAGCUGGGUGACCUUUAUGGAGCCAUCGGCUCUCCGGUGAGACUGACUCGCACAGUGGUGGUAGGGAAACAGAAGGAUUUGGUCCAGCGCAUACUUUAUGUCCUCACAUACUUUCUCCGUUGCUCUGAGCUGCAAGAGAACCAGCUGACCUGGAGUGGGAAUCACAGUGAAGGUGACCAAGUUUUAAAUGGGAGCAAGAUCAUAACCGCCUUGGAGAAAGGGGAAGUGGAGGAGUCCGAGUAUGUGGUGGUGACAGUGAGAAGCGAGCCUGCCCUCGUGCCCCCCAUCCUGCCACUCACCUCGGCCGAGAGGAAGAGCCCCCAGCUUGCAGGGUUACCCGAGACCCCAGAGGGCACUGAUGUUAGAGACACGGGUCCCAGACCUGACAAAGGAGGACACCAGAGGCCAGAGCUGAGUGCUGAGGCUUGUAGCCUGGGAUUCCAAGAGCCAGUGUUAAGUAAUUCUUGGAAACUUCAGGGCACAUUUUGUGGGGAUGAAGAAAGUGUAAGUGAGGUACCACGAGAUGGCUCUUCACAAUUUUCUGGCUGUGAAGGUCUGGGGACAGGGAUAAAGAUCCACCAGCAAACUGCCCCUGAGCAGUUGAAAGGGGAGACGCCUAGGAAACUACCAGACCGAUCAGCGGCCUGGCCCUGCCCUGACAGACAUUUCCGUGAGAAGCCUCCUUUAGAAAAGGUCACUUUCCAGAUUGGAAGCUCUGUAUCUCCAGAGUCUGACUUUGAAAGCCGCACCAAAAAAAUGGAGGAGCAGCUAAAGGCUUGCAGACAACAUGCAGAGUCAGCCAGCCCCUCGGCAGAGGCAAGGGUGGCCACUAACAUGGCUCAGGACCCUCAGAUUUCUAGGUGUUCCUUCCAACCCGGCUUUCAGAAGAAGGUCUGCUGUCCCUGGAGUCAUUCUUCUGAGGGGGAUGAAGGCGAGUCUGACAGGGGUUUUGCUGUGUGCAGUGGCAUCAGAAGCCACACUGUGUCCGAUGCUGCCGGGCAGCUCAGCACCACUGCUGACUCGCGCGCACCCGCUGACGCAGCAGGAGCCGGGAGGGGAAGGCUGGGGAAAACUCGAGGUUUGUACUUGAAGGUGAGAGAAGGACCUGUGUUGGAGCCUGCUCCGGACAGGCACGCGCAGCAGGACUCGGGCCUCUCGGUUGCCGCAGCUGUCCCCUGUGGGGAUGCCCACAAGAAGGCCGACUUCAGGGUGGAAGGAGACAUUCCCAGGAAUGAGAGCUCCGAUAGCGCGCUUGGAGACAGUGACGAUGAAGUAUGUGCUUGCGCCCUGCCAGAUCUGGAUCACAGUGGGGACAGGACAGAAGGGUCCUUGGAAGUGGAGCUUCCCUUGCCGAGGUCUCAGAGCAUCAGCACCCAGAACGUAAGGAACUUUGGCCGCUCGCUUCUGGCAGGUUAUUGCCCCACGUACAUGCCUGAUCUCGUGCUUCAUGGGACCAGCAGUGAUGAGAAGCUGAAGCAGUGCCUGCUGGCCGACCUGGUCCACACCGUUCAUCACCCCGUGCUGGAUGAGCCGAUUGCCGAAGCCGUCUGUAUCAUUGCAGACACAGACAAGUGCAGCGUCCAGGUGGCCACGAGUCAGAGGAAAGUGAUGGACACCACGAAGCUGGGCCAGGACGUCUUGGUCUCCAGUCAGGUGUCCAAUUUGCUCCAGUCCAUCCUGCAGCUCUACAAGCUUCACCUCCCUGCUGAUUUCUGCAUCAUGCAUCUUGAAGACAGACUACAGGAGCUGUACCUUAAGAGUAAAAUGUUGUCUGAGUAUCUUCGGGGACACACACGAGUCCACGUGAAAGAAUUAGGUGUUGUACUGGGGAUUGAAUCUAACGACCUGCCUCUGUUGACUGCUAUUGCCAGUACACAUUCUCCUUAUGUGGCUCAAAUACUCUUAUAAGCUAAAGCUCAGGACAGUUCUUCCUUGGAAGAAAAAAAUCAAAUUCUCAACUGAAGGAGAAAGGAAUAAGCUCUCUGUGGCGGCAGAAGCAUGAGAAGAGCAAACAGAAACAGUCAUUCCACCUUUUUGUUCUGUGUUUUUGUUUUCAAGGAGAUGUUUCAGUGGAAGCCUUAGGUUUACUCGAUGUAAUGGCAUUUGUGACUGUCACAAACACUUUAGGCCUUUUGUUACCCCUGAAUCAACAGAGAGUGACCUUUUUGGUAGGAGGAAACAAGCACUACACGAAACACUAAGCUGUUGCCACAGAUGGCCUUGUGCUGCUUGGGCAGAAUAAGAACCAGUGACUUUGGAGCAGGCAGGUCAACAAUGUAACAUUCCAGGAGGAAACCAGGUCUGAGUGUAAGCAGGAGCCCUCCAAGUUGGAGAAAGCAUAUUUUGCCAUUCUUAGAAGACAAGCAGAACAAGGACUUUGGAUUCCAGAUCGGGGUUUGCAUUUUACACAAAGCCCCCUGGUACCAUCUUCAGCUCUGCUGGCUGUAGCAGCUCCUGUUUGACAUAAAACAUGAAGGACUGCCUUUUGGGAAGACAAUGCUUUAGGAACCCAUUAUAUUCAUGUUGUCUGGAGUUUACCUUGUUUGAGAUGUAGCCACAGGUAGGUCAGAGAUGGAUUAUUGGUGCAAUAAACCCCAGAAUCAAUGUAGCAUCUUAAUUCCAUCAGAUACAGUUUGUAGCAACAGAAUGUGCAGUCUGAAACCAUAUGUUUUAUCCUUCUACCUUAGAGCUUUCCACAGCCUUUUUAAGAGAGGCCAUUUACCAAAGUUACUCCUCUAAGCUCAAGAGUGUUUCUGUUGAUAAGUUCUUCUAGCUGAAGCCACUUCUUAUAACAGUUAAUACAAAUGACUUUUUAUACUUUCAAAGGCACAGCUGUCCUGGUGGGAACUGAACCUGCAGCAGUUCAGGAGGACUAGUGAACACGAUUAGUUUGAACAUUUAGAAACAAUUCUUGUGUGAUCUAAAUUUUUACAUCAUCAUCUCUGUGCCUUUCUGAUCCCUACGUCCUUUUCAUAACAUCUUUCCAGAAAUUACCCAUUGUAUAAACCCUACCAAAAUGAAUUGUUUUAGCCCAAAAAACCCUUAGUUUUCAGUUAAUAUAAAAGAAACUUUAGUUUACCAAACAUGAAACCGACUAUGUAUUAACAGGGUAAAGUAAAAAACUUUCUAAAAAAAAAAAAAAAAUUGGUCAUUAAAAGAUAGGAGCUAAUCUAGUAAAGGGAAACAUUGUUAGCGCUUUUGCAGAUCUUAUCAGCAAGCUCUCAUUUCCUUUGUUGUAGGAAUUCCAGUCCUUUCCAUGUAUCUUUUGUACCUUAGAUGAUGACAUCAUCUCCCUUUUAAAUGAGAAUGACUUCAUUUUCUAUUUGAUAAAAUCCGAAUCCUAAACAUCAAGUUACACAAGUUUGCCUCUGUUCUUUUACAAGUGCAAGUUAACGUUUGAGAAAGUACAGCAGCAGUACCAGUGGAGGAGCGUCUGUGUUGUUUCUUAGGAGUAAUUCCUAGGAAUAGGUCAGAAUUGCUACCUUUCCCUCUUUCUAUUUUACAACGUGAGAUGUAGAUGGGUGCAUUAAGGCUCUUAAGAUAUUUAACUUUCAUUUAUAAAAGUGUCAUUCAUAAAAUUGAGGUUUUCCAUUUCCUUCUGUCUCACGUGUUCUAAAUUCUCUAGUUCCAUGACAUCGCCGUCUGCUGUUAUGUUGCAGAAAGAGAAGGAACCUCACCUGUGGCUCAGCCCCUCCGCAUUCAUUUCUCGUUGCGUGUAAUACCUUGUUGUAGCUGAUGUUACAGCCUAACGCAUUCCCCUCAUCUCUAGUUCCCUUCUCCUUGUUUACAUGUUUUGGGCACUUUCCCACAUUCACCACCUUCCAGGUUUCCACAGAAAAUGACUUGAUACAAAAUCAGUUCAUUUCUAAUGUGGACAUAGUGGCACAUUGCAAUUCGACCCGUAUAGGGGGAAAUUGAACUUUAAAUGGUUGAUUCAAACUCUAAACCUAAAAAAAUUAGCCCAAACCCUGAGAAACUUAAUUUGCCUGUUAAUCUAAUUUUCCAAAACUCACUCUUAGAAAAAUGUCUGGAAAAUUACAGGUGGGUCCCCAGUGGGGGUUGUCUCCACGACACUCAGGAUUCCAGUCAGAGCCUAAUCCUCAUUUCUAUCGCCUACAAAAACAGACUGAGAAUGUUGCUGCUCUUUUAUAAUCCUACUUUAAAUACUUAGCAUUCAAGUUUUCUUUGUCUUAAAUUCAACCUCUUCCCAAAAGCAAAAAAGAAAAAUCUCGUGGAAGUGUGUUGAGAUGCACCCACUCGCCCAUUGGGCACCAGCCAGUGGCUUCAUUCUGGCUGUGCCUCGGAGGCAAAAAAGGGAUCCCACCUGCUCCCAUGCCCACCUCGAGAAAAAAUAAAAAUAAAAAAAUAAAAUAAAAUAAAAUCUACCUCAGUUGACAGGAUUCCACCUUUAGGGUUUCUUCAACUUUACGUCUUACCUGUUGAGUGUAACUUUUUUGUAGCGUCUUGCUUUUUUUAAGCAAGCUAGGAAGGCAUGACAGAGCAGAAGUGUGUACACGUGACUGUGACAGACCUCUUUCUAGCAUGUUGCAGUUUUAUUUUUAAUAAGUUGAUAAGUGAAAUGAAUGUAAAGGUAAUUGUGUAUGUUUUAAACAUGACAAUGAAAAUUUUAAAUGUAGCUUCCAUCCUUGUGCAUAAUUCCAAAGUAUUUUAUUUUUUAUCAGUGUUAAAUAGCUUUUUGUACAGGCUUCAAUCCAUUUUUCUGAAGUGUGCUGUUUUUUAAUGAAAGUAAUUAUAAUCUUUUCACAUCCCAUGGAACUGCCGUUUACACAUUGCAACUUUUUAAACUUACCAUAUUUUUCAAAAUUAACUUUUUUGAAGGGAAGAAAAUUCCCACAUGCUAAAUGAUACUAAAACUGUUAUUUGGGCUCUUACAAUUAGGUCCUGAGAUUUUAUAAAAAUUAGUCUGUAGCUUUUCAGGUUCUUCAGUAGAGUUGGUUGUACAUAAAAAUAAAGAAUAUGAAGUGACUCAAAUAAGUGUCUGGCUUUUUCCACUAAUAUUUACUUUUGAGAGUAUUUUGUCCAUUCAUACUUUCACUGUUAAAUUGAAGUCUUUAGCUUCUCUUCAUAAAUGUGGACCAUUUUUUUUAAUUGUGCUUUGGGGGAGAGGAUAUUUUAAUAUAAUUUUUGCCUAAAUCAAGUAGCCCCUUCUCUUUUUAAAUGUCAAAAUUUGAUGAACCGUGUAUCUUGGAAGUGAGAUUGCAAUAUGCUUAAAUUUAAGUGGUAUUUGAAAAAGGAGAAAAUUCUGGGAUUUAUUAUUUGAAGCUCCAUUAAGAGAAAUUGAUAAGACUUUAUAUUUUUGAUCAGUUGAAUAGAUACCAAUGUCAUUGUGUUGAAAUUUUUUUUAACUUGUUCAUGUAUUAUUUUGAUCCUUUUUUCCUGUGGCAUUUGGUGCAAUAAACCUUUUGAAUUUAUCUUGAA